GCCACAUUAGUCAGCGGAAGAUAUGUCUUGCAUCCAACCGGCACCAUCAAAUUUGUCUGCUCAGUCACCGUCAAUACUUUGCGGAACAUCGUAGCCGCCAGUUGCAGCUUGCUGGAAAUCUGGCAUUCCAAAGUCGAUUUUCAACGCAAAUUUUGUGCUCACAUCGUAAUGGCACAGUCCUAUUUUCCCCGGGUAUCGUCACCUGUGCAAGAAGCCGCAUCGUUUGCCAGUUUUUCAGGCGAGAAGCAUUCAAAGGUGGAAGAUGUCCAGGAGGCAUAUAUCGAGCACAAGGGCCGUCUCGUCAAGGCGAUUGACGAAACCAAGUCCAUUCUCGGCGAUAUCCGUACUUUCAACAAGGAGGAAUGGGUAGUUCGUUACCCCCAGUUACGCGAGCAGGACGCUACACCUCCUUCAGUGAGCUCCGGACGAUCCCUUCGCCGUUCGCUGUCGUUCGCCGAUGACCCCACGACCGAGACCGACGUUGUCCUCUCAGGUGCCAGACAGGGUAUGACCCGGUCAAUUACCCUUGCAUCUAUUGCGGACGCUGCAGACGAAGAAGGGACGUGUGCGGAAGAGAAGCAGGACGGACCAGAACGCCUUCUGCCCCAGUCCGAAUUCCAAGUCCUGCGACUCGACCUCAAGCUUGGCGCACACGGUUCCUCUACAUCGGCUGCUUCUCUCGUCUCCCAGCUCGAAAAGGCGUCCAUCGCCAAUCUGCUAGACGAUCGCAUUACCUCUUCCCUGAGCCAUAUCGACAAGCUCCGUCUCCGUGUUGAGGACACUUCAUCAAAGGUCCUCGUCACUGGUGACCUUAAUGCUGGAAAAUCAACAUUCGUGAACGCUCUCCUCCGUCGCGAGGUCAUGCCUGUUGAUCAGCAGCCAUGUACAACCGCGUUCUGCGAGGUACAUGAUGCAGCCGAGAACAAGGGUGUAGAAGAAGUCCACAUUCUCAUUGACGGCAUAACGUACAAUAUCCAAGACGAAUCGACCUUUACUCGUGCCAAAAUAUCUGACCUCGAGGAUGUUGUUGGAGAGAACGAGAGCUCCGAGAAGGUGCUCAAGCUAUACCUUGCCGACACACGGGCUACCAUCCGAACAACCGCCCUGUUCGCGCGCCAGGAGGAAAUUGAUGUGGUAGUCUUUGUCGUUUCUGCCGAGAACCAUUUCACCUUGUCAGCGAAGGAAUUCUUAUGGAAUGCCAGUAACGAGAAGGCAUACCUCUUUAUCGUUGUCAACAAGUACGACCAGAUCAAGAACAAGGAAAAGUGUCGUCGGAUGGUCCUCGAUCAAAUCAAACAGCUCAGCCCUCGCACCUAUGAGGAUGCUGAGGAUCUCGUUCAUUUCGUCGACUCUGCUGCUGCUUUGCAACCUUUCACGGCUAGCCCAUCUUUCGACGACCUGGAGUCAUCAUUGAGGUCCUUCGUUCUGGUCAAACGCUCAAAAUCCAAACUCAAUCCCGCAUCGACUUAUCUCGUCAAUCUCCUUUCUGACAUUGAUCUUCUCGCUGGUGCCAAUGCCCUCGUUGCAGAUUCUGAGUUACAGCGAUCACGGGAGGACUUGGCGCAAGCUAAGCCGGUUUUGGAGAAGAUGCAGAGCAGCAGGGAUGCGCUGGAGGAGAGUUUGGAGGCCGUUGAGGAACAGGGCGCUACCCAAUCUUCAAACAAGACCAAGUCUGUAUUGGGUGAUGCACUGGAGCGUGUCGGCCAGGGACGUCUCGGCGUGGAAAAUGGCUCCGUCUCCAUGCCAUCGUACCCUGGUCUCUUGGGUAUUUGGAGUUACGCCCGCGAGGUUAAGAGCGCCUUACUUGCCAGCAUCGAUGCAGCGGUCAGAUUGGCUGAGGAUGAGGUCCGAGUUAUCACGAGCCAGUCCGUUGACAAAAUCAAGGACCUUGCUGAAGAACAUUUGCCAGCGGGUGUUGAACGAAACAAGAGAGUGUUCAUGCCCGAGGCCAUGUUCAGCACUGUCCGACGAGCUGGAAAAGGCGCAAAGCAUCGCCGCGCUAGUACUGUCGUUGCAGGCGGUGUCAACGGUUUGGGAAUCGGUCUCGCUCAACGCCCCGACAUGCUUGAGACCUCUUUCCUAGAUCUUUUCGAUGUUCACCAUCAAUUCUGGCUGCACUUUGGAGAUGGGAAGAUCGAAGACGACUCGGCUGCGCCAACAGCUUUGGGGCUUAUGAGCGUUGGUGUGGGUGCCCUUACUAUGGUCGGCGGUCAGGCCAUUGGUGCACGCGGAUUGAUAGAAGGUAUCAUCCGAGUUACGGAUGUCUUUGGAAAUGAGACUGCCAGGAAGUGGGCUGCGCCUGUACUCGGUGCAGUCACGCUCGGUCUGACAGCGUAUGUCGUCAUGGAGCUGCCAAACUCCAUUCCCAAGACAGUGGGCAGGCGAGUGAAGGCUUCUGUGACCCGAGCCGAUGGGGAGGAAGAAGAUACGUUCAUUGAGAUCCAAGCAGGCAGGAUUAGUAGGGAAGCCAGGAAGGUUCUGAGACUGGCAUCGUGGGAUCUCCGAGGAAGGUUCACGGGUGCCAUGGAGGAGAGAGUGAAAGAGGUGAAGGUUGCUGAGGAGAUGGAAAAGAAGGCUUCAAGAGCCAAGGAGUGGUUCAGUGAUGUGUCCAAGAGGACGGCUGAUGUUCGAGUACUUGCUGGGCUUGGCAGGGAUGAUUAGUCCUUGUCAAGUUUAUCUCAGCGGCUCGUAGUGCGAAAAUAUAGUGAGGCAGUAGUGCCUCGCUAACCCCCCUCGUUCUUAAAUAAUGAUUUGUACUUAGACCUCAUGCCUUCCAUGCCCUUUGUUAUACUUAUUUUACGACAUUCGUUUGGAUUUACCAUAUCUAACAUACGAAUUUUCUAUGAAAUAACGAUGUAUUCUGUUGAACCCAGGAUGAAAAUUAACGGAUCAUACGAUGGUAUAUACAAUCAAUGUUAUCUACGGUGACAUUAAGAAGCUUGGCCUUGAUCUCCGUCCUUUCUCGAAGAGAAUGACUUUUUCGAUCAUAGUACAUACGACUCGGAGCGAAGUUGCCAUAAACGGUAACUUUCCCACGGAUCGUGAUUCAUCAUCGUC